CGGAGCCGGGCUGCGGCUGCGGCUGCACCGCGGCGGGGGGGAGCCGCGCCCGGCCCCGGGCUCGCGGGCUGGGCGCCGGCCCCGGCACGGCGGGGAUGGGCGCGCGCUGAGCAGCCGGCGGGAGCCGCGGGCGCGAUGGGGAACAUCUCGUCCAACAUCUCCGCCUUCCAGUCCCUGCACAUCGUCAUGCUGGGCUUGGACUCGGCGGGCAAGACCACGGUGCUCUACCGCCUCAAGUUCAAUGAGUUCGUCAACACGGUGCCCACCAUCGGCUUCAACACGGAGAAGAUCAAGCUGAGCAACGGCACGGCCAAGGGCAUCAGCUGCCACUUCUGGGACGUGGGCGGCCAGGAGAAGCUGCGCCCACUCUGGAAGUCCUACAGCCGCUGCACGGACGGCAUCAUCUACGUGGUGGACUCGGUGGACGUGGACCGGCUGGAGGAGGCCAAGACGGAGCUGCACAAGGUGACCAAGUUCGCCGAGAACCAGGGCACCCCCCUGCUGGUCAUCGCCAACAAGCAGGACCUGCCCAAGUCGCUGCCUGUGGCUGAGAUCGAGAAGCAGCUGGCGCUGCAUGAGCUGGCGCCCUCCACCACCUACCACAUCCAGCCCGCCUGCGCCAUCAUCGGCGAGGGGCUCACUGAGGGCAUGGACAAGCUCUAUGAGAUGAUCCUCAAGCGCAGGAAGUCCCUCAAGCAGAAGAAGAAACGGUAAAGGGGAGGAGGCUGCCGGAGCCAGCGAGAGCCCGAGCCGAGCCCACUGGUGCCAGAUUGGGACAGAGGAACAAACCCUGCCAGCCUCUGCCCCGCGCAGACUGAGAGGGGCAUGGCUCAGGCCACCUUCUCCCUGCGUCCGCUUCUCAACCUGGGCGAGCUGCUGGCUGGGGCUGGCCUGGCUGCCCUCCUUGGCCCCCAAGCCACCAGGAUGAGCCAAAGCCCCCCAAGGAGGAAGCCUCCAUGUCUUACCCUUCUAGCAGGGCUAGAAGGGGUGGGCAGCGGGGCUGGUGGGGGCCCGUGGACUCCCUGAGGAGCCAUUUGCUGGGCCCCUCUGUCCUCUGGAGGGAAGGACUUGUUCCUUGGUGGGCCUGUGGGACAAGGAAGCCCAGGAGCUGGACAGAACAGGGCAGGACCCUGCUUGAGAGAGACUAGGAUGUGCUCCUGGUUUGGGAACUUGUAUUUUUUUUUAAGUGUGUGUAUGUGUACAUGGGGCUAAGGGAAGGGCUUCUGGGGAAAGUGGAGCUGAAGAAAUAAUGCUUCAGGGAGCAGCGGAUGCUGAGGGAUCUGCCCGCGAUUGGAAAACCGGGGUAGGAAAAGGAAAACAUAUACUGAUCCCUGUUGCUUAAUGGUGGACGUUGGCCUCUGGGGAGAACUGCUUCUCAGGGCACCAGCCAUCUCCCCAGAGCACUUGGAUUCGGUCCACUUGCAGGUUACGGUCACCAAAAAUGAAUUGGAAAAUAAAAUCAGACUAACAAAAGGUAGGAGAGCAGCAAAUGAAUGAUAUGCUGCUGCUUGCAGUAGCAGUCUGCGUGCUUAAAGGGGAAUUGCUAGUGGGUGCACGUCAUCCUUGGAAAAACAGAAAAAUGUAUUGAUCCACAUGGAAUUUAAAGCUAUAACCAGCUGGAUGGUUUGUGACCAGCUGCUGACUUGGUGCUGAGUUUGAAGCUAUUUGCUUCAAAGGGGUUCUGUAUGAACUUUGCCAUGAAGGGUGUUCACAUCUCUUGUCACAUUAUCAAAGGUUUAUUUUUAACAGAGGCCAUGUCCUGUUGUAAUGAGAAGGAAGAGGUCUUUCUCACACCCUUUUAUAUCACUGUAACCUACUGGUAGAGGUAUGUUUCUUUUGUCUAAUUUGGAUCAAGCUGGUUUGUCCAAUUGAUAUUUUCCGUGGGGAAAAAAAACACCUCACUACAGUGCUGGAUUCUAGGCCUCCAACUGUCCACCUCAUUGCAUCAAUAUGAAAGCAAUGGAUGAACACAAAAGGUUUAGGCCAGUGGUAGUUAAACUUGAAUAUAAACAGCGACUGUGAAUCCAACCAGUGCUUUGGCUAACAGAAUACAAACUAUGAGUGGCUAAGAUAAAUUUAUACCCCCCACCCCCAAUAGGAAGAAUUAAAAAGAUGUCUACUUGAAAAGGGCAGGGGAGGGCAGAAAAAUGACUGGGAAAAUUGGAGUGAUUUUUUUUUUUAAAACAAGAAAACGAUUUUUAAAUACAUUUAUGUUGAGAGCCCUACUUACAAAUCACAUGUUAAAGGCAGAUUUGAGCCAAUUAUGAAUUUACUGUACAAGUACUGUCUUGCUUCUAUUGACCUCACUGAUAGAAGAUUGAACCUUGUAUUGUUUAGCAAGAUUCUGGCCCUUCACCAUUGAAGUUGAUGGGUGAAGAACCAGAUUGGUAAUAAAUAGAAGUCUGUUUUUUUUUCCCCUGUUCUCUCUCCAGGAAACCACCUCACUGAGUAAACCAUGGUCUUUACCCUUAUAAUUUCACAAGAAGGGUGUUUGGAAAUGAGAGCUAAUUUUCAGGAUUUGAACAUCUCUGAUGACUGUUUUGUGCCUGUGGAAAAUUUCGUUUUAACAUGGUCAUUUCUGGCAAGUCAAUUACUGGCAUUCCUGCUUGAAUGCAGGUCCUAAAUUACAGCUAUGGAAAACACCAAACAGACAAAGACUUAACCCAGGGAGUUUCAGGCAGCUGAUUCUCCCCUUAGCUAUGAACUCGGUACCUUCCAAGUAGCAUUUUGUAGAAAUCGGAUUCUGAAACCAAGUAGUAUUUAUAUGCCUGCAGAAUUCCAGUUUACAUGAGCAGUGACUUGUUCCUGGAUCUAAUGAAUGGGCUGGUCCCAUUAUUUGAGGCGGCUCUGGACUUUUGUUGGGUUUUUUUUUCUUUUCUUCGCACACAACACUCUUUUAAGCACUUUUGACAUUUGGUAGUUCCACUGGGGAGAGAGUGCAAACCUUCAUUUUGUGACACCACAGAAGCCAAAUGCUGCAACUGUUGUCUGAUCUUUACAGUAGCUGGGGAUAAAAUGAAAUCCUUUAAAUAAAAACCUUGCUUUAAGACAAUAAACAUAGGCAUUAAUUAUGAUAUUUUGUCUACUAUCAAGAUUGUGGUCCUGAUUAUGCAGACAUAAGCACCAAUAAGUAACUAUGCAUGCAGAUUUAAUUGAUUUCAGUGGCACUGUUAAUGCAAAUAAAUAUCAUGCAAAUAAAUAUGUGUCUGCAGGAUCAGGUCCUUUUUGCACAGUAAGGCAAACUGGUCUCAGUUAAUCCUAUCCAGCAAAGCAUUUAAGUGUAUACUUAAGUACUCUGCUUCAUAGAUAUUAUGCUGGUCCAGGGCCAUUGCCACUAAAGGUACAUUUUUGCAAUAACUUAAAAAUAGUUUUCCAAUGAGUAGCAGUAUUUCUAUGACAUUUCAGUACUGUAAUGCAUGUUUCUCUGUGCAGUGAUAGUGUUGAACUGCACUGUCAUCUGCAAUUGGCCUGAUAAAGAUGACUGAAACAAUGAUGGUUAAAUGCACAGAAAGAAGAGCUUUACCCAGUCUAAUAUUAAAACAAACAUGGGUUUUCUCAAGAUUUUGUCUUCUCAAAAGGAGGUUUGAGUAUUUCUUUUCUAGCAGAUGUCACAAGAUGCCAGUCACAUUUCUGACUUUCUCUUCACACUGUACCUAUUAGUGUUAGAACUUGAGAAAAAAUGCCAUGCUGCCUACUCUGAUUUCAUAUUACCCUGACAUAUAUCCUCUGUUCCUUCCAUCUUUUCUCUUUUUUUUUAAUGAUACAAACAUGAUGCUGUGAACUUAAAUAAAUUAUUUAUACAAUGAAAA